AGUCGCCCGGUUCCAGCCGCGCUCGGAGCCGCACUCGCAGCGCCCGGCCAUGGCGUGCAAGGAGCAGAGCGUGAGCAUCGACCUGCAGCCCCGGGGCCUGCCUCCCCCCUACCCCGGCGCCCCGCAGGGCUUCCCCGCCGAGCAGCCCCGCGACUUCGUGCUCUGGUCCCUCUUCAACGUCCUGCUGUGCCAGAAGCUGGCCUGCCUGGGCUGCCUGGGCUUCCCCGCGCUCAUCUUCUCCAUCAAGGCCCGAGAUCGGAAAGUACUGGGGGACCUGGAAGGUGCUCGGAGCUAUGGCACCACGGCCAAGGUGUUAAACAUCAUCGGGUCGCUGCUGGUAGUAGUUGCUAUUGCUGUGGUUCUUUCAGUUUUCUUUUUGAGACCUUAGCAGCAUCUGUUUAAUGAAGUUCCUGGGACUGACACCAGCCAGGCAUUCCGAGAAGGGAUUGGAAGAUAACCCAAAUGGCGAAGAAACGACACGCUGCUGGCUAUUCGUGCUGUGAUGGAAAUUCACAACUGGUCAUGAGUUCAAAAAUUGACUCAUUAAUAGCACCGUUGUAGCUUUGAUGCUAGUUAUGUGAUCACCCUCAUUUCAAAUCUGCGCGGGCCCCCAGUCCUCUGCUCCGUGCACUGUGGCCAUGGAAUUGGCCACUACCUACUUGUUCCUUUUCCAGCCUGAUCCAGCUGUUCACCUUUUUUGGAUUUCUUGCACUGAAAAUCAUCCACAUUCACUGUUGCUGUGACCCUCCCUCUCUGCAGCACCCGACACAGAGAGUAUUAGAUGAUGAGGUCAGAGGAGGUUCCAGUCUACCUCACUUUGUUCCUAGAGAGGGACCAGAAUCACCCACUCUUUGGGGUAGUUUGGAUCCAGGCUUUACCAUUGGCCCCCAUUCUACAAUGGGCCAAAUCAAAACAUGGGUUCCAAAUUCCCCUCCCAUCCCCCCACUCCCCAUGCAUUUAGAUCUAGAUUCAAACUUUGUGCCUUGGCCCAGUUUUAUCUGUCUAUAUCAAGUCAGCAAUAAUGUUUGCCCGGGGCAGUAUUUACAGCAGUAAAGCCAUCUGCAGAGACUCUGGCCUGCUCUUUUCACUGCAGCGACCUGCCCUGUGGGGAAGAGAGAAGUGUAAAGGGGACAAAAUGUUUAACUUGAUCUGUGUGAUGGGGUAAUGCACUGGGCAACACAGAGCUAACGAGCACAUGUGGGACCAGUUGGCCCCGCCCCACCUCUGAGAGAUUUUGGAAUCCGGGGGGGGGGGUGCUUAAAUGGGAGAAACCCAGCUGAGUUGGUUGCAGAGUGGGGAGGGGAGCAGUCCGCAGCUCCUGCAGGGAGGACUGGCUGAAGGCAGGAGCUCUUUGUGCUCCUGGAAGGAAGGGUGGGCUGGCCCUGCUCGCUGUGGUUCACCUUGAGAGGGAACUAUUCCUCUCUAUUUACUUGUGAACUCAUCAGUUUAGGGCCCCAGCCCGGUGAGCAUCUUCUAAAGAGCAAGAGCCUUAACCCAGCUUGGGGAUGCUUCAUUUGUGUUAAUACCCCUUUUGUUCUGGUCACUGACACCCACAGCCAGGUGUUCUAGCCAGGGCCCAGCUGGAUGGCUGAGCCUUUUAGGACUGGAAGUAGAGUGGGAAAACUACCUGGGCAUUGCAGAGCAGGGGCCUGCGUGAGUGGAGGGGCCUGCCUAGAGCCUAGGGGGUGCCUGGGAAAGGCACUCGGGUGUUAAUCUGAUUAAAAAUAAAAGGCCUUAUAGUGGUUGGCAGCAGCACAUUCUGUCCCCACACACCUAGUUCCCUGCACACCCAGGCCCCAUGCAACUGGUUCCAGGGCUCCAAUACAGAAGCAGCAGUUGUGUUGAAAGUGUGGGGAGUUUCCCUUCUCCCUCUCCCCUUGGGUCAGGGCUGGGAAGAAUUGAGCUGAGUCCUAAAUAACUGAAUGCAUCAGAUUCUGACACACCCCUUCCAAGCAGAAGCAUUGGGCACUCGGGUGCCUUUAUUCAGUAUCCCAUAGCUAGGUAUGUGCUUCCAUCACCCCCUGGCUCCAUUCCUGCUCUUCACCCCUGGGCCCAUUCCUACGAUCAGUGCAUCUCUAGGGCUGAAUUGUGCUUCCAACAGAAGAAUUUGGGAGAAAAAAUUCUCAAGUGGACUUUGAGUUUGCUCCCUGACCUGCCCCUUCUCUUAGGAGUACAGGAUCUGGGCCGGAGGUACGAGCCAGUGCUCCAAUGGAGCGGAGGGGCGGGAGGAAUGUGAGCGUAAGGUCCUGCCUUACCAAUCUACAAAACUCAGGAGACCACCAAUUUGGUGUCCAACACCUGUGUGCCUGACAGGGAACUGGGGAGGUUUCUCUGGGGAGAAAGUGACCCACAAGAAAUGGCAGAAGAGCCACAGAUGAGAAAGGAUAUUGUAAUCUCAUCUAGCCUGGGGUCUCAGUGCUGGAGACUUCAGAGUGAAGCAUGUUAAUAGAUACUAAAACUGCUACAAUUCUUUUAUAUAUUUUUAUACAUAUUCUUUUAUAUAUGUUAACCAAAAUCCUUUUUGGGGUAUAAACCAAAGUGUUUUGUAUCUACAAAUCUAGUACUCUGUACUUAUCAAACUGAAAAGUUCUUUGUACUUAGGUUGAACCUUAGUGGGGGACCAAAGGAAUGAAUGUAUGUAAUCAAUAAUGGAAUGUGUAUAAUCCUUUACUCUGACCCUGUUGACCUGUAAAGAAUUGCAUCCCCAUGUCCAGAGAGGGACCACUGGUGAUUGACAAGGGAUGUCUGUUAUCACACACGUGUUCUGUAAUUGAUAAAAUAAUGAACCACUGGUUGAUGUUUAGGUCAAUAAGAACCACUUAUUGUCACAAGUGGUUUUGGUAAUAAUGGAUGGGUCACAGAUGUCUUUAGCUUAUUAAUGAGGUAAAUUGAGGCAUCUAAGAUAGAACUCGCAGUUAAAUCAGUCAUGGGAACGGAAUUUCUUUGUCCCAAGCUAUGUAUAAGGAAAGAGUUUUGGGGAGUUAAGUCAGAAGUGGAUUGGUAACAUAUGUAUUCCUUUCUGUAUUCUGUAUCAGGCUGUAUUAAUCUUUGACUAAUGAUCUUUGAUUGACUUGCAAAUGAACCAGCUAUCUGGCAUCUUGUGUUAUUAAUAUGAUCAUUAUUAAAUUUGAACACGCAAGAAGCAUAAACUCUCCAGAUUGUGCCUGACACU